AUGCUGGAGCAGUGCAGUGAGCGGCUAGAUAAGGGCACUCCAGGUUCUCCAAACCCCGCCGCCUGCUCUCUUCUCGCCAUGACUGAGCGGAAGCAACCAGAACCAACGCCCUUCAGACUCUUCGAUCUACCGCAGGAGGUCCAGGACCAAAUUCUCUGGAUCCACAUCCGCGAUAUCCGGCGGCUACGAAGAUGGUCAGACACCAGAGAUAUGUUCUUAUUGCCUCGAGUCAGCCUAAAUAUCAAGCUUGCGAAAGGACCUAUGCUUGAAGGCGCGGUAUAUGCGAUGCUCGCCAUGACACAUCAAUGCAUCCAUUUGAGCGAGACAAUGCACGGGAGACAGAUCACAGCUUCUCCAACAUUUUUGCCCGAUCAGUGGAGGGCUGAUGAGUGUUCCAGACUCUGGUCGUUCCACGGGAGCCUGUAUGGUAAGCUUACGUUCGGCGAGCUGGGCGACUACUGUGUCCAAGUCUACAUCGGCCGCGAGUAUAAGAAGGGCUAUCACGUUACUUGGAGGCAUCUGGAGCAUUUGGGUGAGUCUUCCUACCGUAGCUUAGGCCAACCGGGCCCCUCGCAGGCUCAGUAUGACGCUAUGGUUGGGAGGGUCGAAAGCGCGAUCGCGAACACGGUUGAGGAACGGGAGAAGAGGGACGGUGUCAAAGGUUUCUCGGUGCAUGGCAGAGAGAUGGUCGCUGAUGCGCUUCAUUUCGGUGGUCAUGAUGACUCUCAGGACGUGCUUACGAAGUGA